AUGAUGGCAACGGAAGUGUCAACCAUGCAAGUGGCAACCAAGCUGGAAGCCAGAACGGAAGUUUCGCCCGACCAGGCCCCCGUGGGGGAAGACUCUGAAUGGAACAAGCAACUCGCCAAGGAUUGGAAGGCAAUGGCGGAGAAAGUCCAAGAAUUGGCGAAAUUGUCUAAAGGCACAGGCUAUGACAAAGACAUCCAGCCUGAACAAGUGAUGGCAAACCUGGAAAGAGUGCAAAAGAAAACCAAAAAAGACGAGGACUCGACCUGGAGCAAGGUCAAAACGAGCCUGAGCAAAACUCUUACUGUCAUUUCGACGGUCGGAGGGAUUGCUGCUGAUGCUGCAUCGCAGGUCUUUGCCCCUGCUGGGCAAUGCUACAACGCAAUCAACUUUGUCAUCUCAGCGUGGCAGGGCUACCUCGAGGCAUUUCAAGUAUUAAAUGGGCUGUUUGAAGAAUGUUUCGCUUUCCUCAACCGUCUACCGGACUACGUGAAGGGGAACAUGAAUGCUAAUCUGAGCAGUGUGGCCAGUCAGGUUCUGCAGCUCUUUGUCAAUAUCUGUGAGAGGGCAUUGCGCCUUCGUACCUCUCGUGGCUCGAAGUUCGUCCUAUUCAUGAAAGUUGCCUUUCUUUCCGAUGACGAUUUCUCGGGUUUCAGAGCUGAGUUGGACAAACUCACCAGGUGGGAAGGACUGAAUGCCAUAGCUAGGAUCUAUAAUACUUCUGCAAUCGCGGCGGAUAGCGCCACCAAGGCAGUGGAUAUCUUGACAAAUGACCGAGCAGAACAACAACUGAAAGAGCAGGAGCAACUCGACACAAGGCACCUCGUGAGAACUCUGGCCUUUGAUGAGACCCCAGCGACCUGGAACAGCGCGGCACAGGCACCCAUUGCGACCUGGAGCCAGAUCAAUUGCAGGAUCCACAAUCGUCUUGUUGAAGGGACUGGCGAUUGGCUGUUCCAGGAUGACUUGUUCACGACAUGGGCGAAAAAUAAAGGGGAACAGCCACUGCUCGCACUUGUCGGUGAGGAGGGCACAGGCAAGAGCUAUUUGAUUUCAGCCGCGAUUAGCCACCUGCGAAAAGCCGGUUCUCUGCCGGGUCUCGAUAAGGAAGACAGGUCUAGGCGUCUAGUUGCGUAUCACUAUAUAGACGACCAGAAGCCCAACGCAGAGAUCUACUCUCUGGGAAAGUCCAUCAUCUGGCAAUUUGCUGCAAGCGAUGCCUCCUAUAAGCAAUCAAUCGCCGCUACCUGUCGCGAUGCCGCCUACAUUGAACCCAAGGAAAUUUUGCCCCGGUUACUCCUAAACAACCACAAGGAGCUGAAGCAUAUCGACGCAGUGUUUUACGUCCUGAUCAACAAGGUCGGCAGUCGGAACCACAACGUUGACGAGUCAUUGGUGAAAUUUCUGCAUGCCGUUUCACACUUCAAGAACUCAGCGGUUCGUGUCUUGUUUAGCACAACGGCGGGUACUAUCGAGACGCUCAAGGCACGCGACAUUUCCUGCCCCACUAUUCUGAUCAGCGAAAAGAACGAGUCGGACAGACGGAAGUAUAUCGGCUCGCGGAUGGAUCGAAUGCAUGCGCUCGCAAACAUCAGACAACGUGAAGUCCGGAGCGUCCGGGAAGAAAUUGAAAAUAGUCUGUGCGAACAUAUCGAGGGCAACUACUACCUCCUCAGUGCAACACUAGACAAGAUCCACAAUCUGGAAAACGAGGAAGAUAUCCGUGGUAGCCUCAACGGCGCGGAAAGAAGCAUAUCACAGCAUAUUCGCGAUGACAUCAAUGUGCUCAAUGACAUCCGUACAGGAAAAGAGCUGGCAGAGAUCAACGAAAUCAUCCUUUGGCUUAAUUUUGCGAAGCAGCGGAUGUCACCGGAGAUGAUGACGGCAGUACUGCAAGCCAAGAAUAAGAGUGCCUCUCUGCUUCCACUGGAAGAUCGCAUCAAGAACAAGUUUAUUCUGUUCGAGAUCAAUGAGGAUGGAUACGUCGAUUUCCGAGCUGGGGACGUGCCGAGUAAGAUUCCACAGCGCCGCGAUCUCGCCCAGAAGCGGCUCAAUGACAGCCAGGCCUUGAAUCAGGGCGAGGCUGACGUCGUCAGCCAUUUUCUCAAAAAUGUGUGUCCACCGCAUUUGCUUGAUAAGAUUGACCUGGACAGUCAUCUCAAGCAGAAGAUGAAAGUCCGAGAAGAACAGAUCUGUCAAGAAGACAACCUCACGUCCCAUUUCCUUAUUGCCCAGACAUGUGUUGAUGUGUUGGCCAAUGAUGACGAUGAGAGGCUGGCAGUAUUGCGAGAAUAUGCAGUCGCUCAUUUUGCACAGCAUAUGCUUGAAACUAAACGGGAAUCGAUCCCCCCACACUCGCUUGCUGAAUUUGGAUCAAAUCUGAUGAAACUGUUCCAUGACCCAGAUGCCAUUGACAAUCUUUUAUGGGCUAGCAGUCCAGCUCCACAACUGCCAGACAUGCUGCGCGAUGUGAAGUUUGGAGGAGAGAUUUCCCGGUGGUUGGAGGACCCAAUCGUUGUGUCCAAGAUUGACGCCAACGAAUCCAAGCGUUGGUGGAAAAUUGACAAGAACAACACACCCAAUGCACUGAAGGAACCUUCAAUCCGUCAGAUGGCGGUGCAUUGCUUCCAACGAGAAUCACCAGCAGAUGUUUCGAUCACUGCGUUCAAGGGUAUCCAAAGUUUCUGUCACCGGAUGAUGCAGUGUCCUAAAGCUGUUGCAGAAUCGAGGUCACCAUCUCCUGAUGAAAUUGAAAAGUGGUGCCUGGAGAGACUCGAAGCUAAACAAGGUGCCCUGUGGCAUACCCAAAUGGCGAUCAUUCUCAGAGCCCACAAAGAAUUUGCCAAGGCAGAGGAGAGAUGCAAGCAGGCCCUGAAAAUUGAUGAAAACUACUGGCGCGCCUCACUUCUCCAAGCCAAACUAGUCAAAUCCCCAAAAGAGGCAAUUGAUACUCUGAAGAAGCUCACAAAGCGCUUCAAAGAGGAUGAAAAACUUCAAAAGGGGCAUCAAAAGGCCUUCGCUGAUAUUUCAUAUAACCUUGGAGCUCGGUACUGGGAUGUGGACAAGAUUGGCGACGCGAUCGACUCCUAUACCGAGUCAAUUCGACGAGACCCUUCUGCUUCGGAGCACGCAUUCCGAAUCAUGUCGGCGUGCAAAGAUAAAGGAAAGUGGCCAGAUAUUAUAAACCUAAUCGAUUUAAUCGAUGAUCUUGGCAGGGACCACCUCACUGCGAUGGUCGUGGCGAUGUCGGAGACUCAAGACUUUCAUACAAUCAUUUUGCAGGCCCUGAAGGAGACCGGUUAUCUCAGACGUGAGAGGCUUGAGGUGCUCUAUGAAAAUGCGAUAUCAAUCAUCAAAGAUCGGGACCACGCCACCUCAUUCUUCCUUCGCCAUUACUACGCAAGCGCUCUCUCUGCGCUCCAUCCUGCCCCAACUGUCCAAGUAAGGAACGUGUUGGAAGAUGCCGUAAGAGACCUUCAAUAUACCAACUUCGACCUCCCCCGCGCCUUCUUCCUCGUUGGGUAUAGGCUGGGAACAAUCUACCUGGGUGAAGCUCAAAAAGCAAAGGCAGACAAAAACAAAGAUGCGGACAAAAAGAAUGAGGCGGCACAAAAGGCGCUACAGAAGAUGGUGGACAUUCUGCCCGAGCAACUCAACGAAGACCAAAUGAGACUCCCCCUGAGCCUCUUUGCUGCUAGAUACCACCUCACUAACAAUGAUGAAAAGUCCGCCCGAGCUGCGGCUCACAAUACCUUGAAAAUGGCUGUCGAGCUUCUGUCGGACAAUGAUGCUAGCAAUGACAUAUUGGCCUACUGGAAAAUCCUCUAUGCUGUCAUUCCGUUCGAGGAUAAAAAGAAUGUUACGACCGCCCUUGCCAUGAUGAAACGAGAGAGUGAUUUUGAGAUGAAGUGCUCCUGCGGUUGUGGUCGUAAAUGGGCCACCCCUGGAGACAUGUGGUGGUGCAAGGACUGCAUCAACGUCGUCUUAAAGGAACCUUGUAAGGAGACAGUCAAGAAUCCGGAUUUGCCCAACCAGGUUUGUCAUGCAAAUCACUCCCAUUUCUACAUUCCACCUUGGGAUGAGAAGGUGAUGAAUGUGCCAAAGGACAAGGUACCCUAUAAAGGCGAUGCCAUUACCAUGGAGCAGUGGAGGGACAAACUCAUUGACAAGUAUCAUUUGGGCAAGUCUGGGAAGCUACAUGGUCUUCGCCACUGA